CCAAGUCUAGGCACAACGUAUAAAAUUACUCUCCACGGCUCCUGAAAAUUUGUUCAAAUUUCGAUCGUUAGAAGAUCUCAAGGCCUCUUAUUUCAGAAAGCAGUUUACACAGAAGAGUAUAUUCAAGAGGAAAAAAUUAAUCACAUCCUGUUGCUAUUUAUAGCCAUCUUUAAAGGACUGAACAAUUAAGCCAUGGCUCCGUCCCUGUCUCAGGCAUACAAGAGGCGCUGGUGGAUGGCAGUGACUGCUAUCGUGGAGAACCUGCUCUGCUCUGCGGUGCUUCUGGGCUGGAGCUCCCUCCUCAUCAUGCUUAAAAACGAGGGUUUCUACUCUCAUUUGUGCACAGAGAACGUUACAGCGACAGAGAACGUCAGUGUGAGCAUUGAGGAGGCCCAUGUUUGGCAGAGCUGUGUGGAACAGGAGGAGAUUCUGAAUUUGGGCUUCACCAUUGGCUCGUUCAUCAUCAGCGCGGCCACACUGCCCCUGGGCAUUCUGAUGGAUAAGUUUGGACCACGCCCCCUGCGACUGAUAGGCAGUUCGUGUUUUGCUUUUUCCAUGGCAAUGAUUGCUGUAGCAGCAUAUGACCCUUCAGUACUGUCAGCCCUUAUCUUCAUUGCUGUGUCCUUCAAUGGAUUUGGUGGAAUCUGCCUUACUUUUACCUCACUGACACUGCCCAACAUGUUUGGGAACAUUCGCGCCACCGUCCUGUCCCUGAUGUUUGGUUCCUACGCCUCCUCGGCUGUGACCUUCCCCGCUGUCAGACUAAUCUAUGAUUUUGGCGUGCCUUUCAAGCUGAUCAUGUGGGCAUGGAUGGGUUUUGCCUGCCUGAUUUUCGUCAACUGCUUCUUUAACUGGCCAGGAGAGUCGUUCCCCGCCCCUGAAUCCGUUAUCUACACUAAGAAGGUGAAGACAACAGGGCUGGUUAUGGACGAUAAGUCGACUGGAGAUCGCUUCUAUACUCACGUGAUCACAGAGACAAAGUGCAUUCGUGAGAAACAGGAGCCCGCCGAAAACGCACAGGAUGGUACCACAGCACAGCAUCAAGGGUCCCUUCCCUUCCGGAGCUCUGUCUGCUCAUCCAUCUUCCUGUGGAGUCUCAUCACCAUGGCGAUGACCCAGCUCCGCCUCAUAUUCUUUAUGGGCGCCAUGAACAAGAUGGUGGAGUUCUUGGUAACCCACGGCGACCCCAAUGCUCCUGAAGACCUGAUGAAGGAGGCAGAGGCACAAGUUGGCUUCUACUCGUCCAUCUUUGGGACAAUGCAGCUCCUCUGCCUGUUGACUUCCCCUAUGAUCGGCUACAUCAUGGACUGGAGAAUGAAAGAGUGUGAGGAAGAGACAUGUUCAGCGGAGGGAGAGAAGAGUCCUGCUGGACCUCCAAAGAGAGACAGAAAGAUCCAGAAGCUGACCAAUGCGACCAGAGCUUUCAUCUUCACCAAUACACUACUUGUCAUCUUUGGCAUCAUCUCCCUCAUAGAUAAUUUGCCUUUACAAAUGGUAUCCUUUGUUCUUCACACUGUGGUAAGAGGGUUCAUCCACUCCUGCUGUGGAGGACUCUACGCUGCAGAGUACCCGACCAAUCACUUUGGCACUCUCACUGGUUUGCAGUCCAUGAUUAGUGCCCUGUUUGCUCUUCUCCAACAACCUUUAUUCGUCGCCAUGCUUGGACCUCUGAAAGGAGACCCCUACUGGAUCAACAUAGGUCUGCUCGUGCUUUCGUUGACGGGCUACAUGUUGCCAAGUUACCUCAUCUAUCACCGUAGUCAACUCGUUCGUAAGAAGGCGGAGCUUGAAAAGGAGGCAGCUCACCAAUCAACACAAGACAGGACUCCCCUCAACCAAUCAGCCAAUGAUUACGCCAAACCAGAAAUUAACGGACAUGCAGCGAAUAAAGUUUAAGACGAGGGUUGUUUAAAAGGGGGAUAUAAAUGAGUAUCAUGACAACGAUUAUGAGGAUCUCCUUUGUCAUAGCAAAACAUGAGUAGGCUAUUAGAAAAGUUCAAAUAGUCAUUGCUGUGGUAACAUCACAAAGGAUCCGUAUGAUAUCACAGUGUUGAUAGCAGAAAUGAUUAGCGUACACCAAACUGCACUAGCUUUGCUAGUUCUUGAAAACUAAAACGUCCUGAGGGCAUUUGAACGUUUAAAAAGUUAACAUUUACCAAGGUCGACAGUCAGUAUAUUUCCUCCACAGCCUUAUCGUGCUUAGUUUGCUUUGGUUUGUCAGACGUUAGUACAGGGUCUGGAAACUGCCCGACAUCACUGGCUCAUCGUGUUUUACAAGCUCCAGUCCUUGGCGUUAGCAUUAGCAAGUAUAAAUUCCACGGACCACCGAUUCUGGUCCCGUAGGAAAAGAACGUUAGCUGUGUGCAGACUAUCUGGCUUGUACUGUAAAAAUGAAAAUAUUUAUCCCUGAAGUUAAUACAACUGUACUGAACUGACAGUUAUCAUAUCUAAAUAGCACACAUGUAGGUAACUGAGUAAUACAAUUUGUCUAGUCGCUGACUUGAAUGAAUAGAUCUCUGCAAUUGUUUGCUAAUAUUAGAUAGUGUUUUAGCAGAUAUCUGCCACAUCCCUAACUUACAUUUAAUCAGUCAGCGUAAGAGGGCAUGGAAGCUCUUAAAUUUAUAAAGAUUUAUAUCAGAAAUAUGUGUUGAGCCAUUACUGGCUGAACUGAUAAAUGAAAGAUGCUAAAUUGCCACAUUAAAUAUAGUUUGCCAAACACUAUAAUCUCUCUAUCUCGCUCUCACUGGUUCAUAAAUGCACCUUUUAUGUCAUGUGACCAUGCAGCCUCCACCAGAAGGACACUAAAAGUGAGGCAGGAGAGAAAUCAUUUUGAGCCACCAAACUAGCUGAUUUACUAAUGAGCUACCUCUCUGAAAAUCACCUCUCAUUACACCACUGUCAGUUCAUCGCUCAGUUAUUUUUGGCCAAUCACAAGCCAGCUAGCGUCACAUGUUUAUGUGGCUGCCUCUUUAAAUUGAAUCUCUUUAUAAGUUUCUCUGUGUGAUUGUGAGUGUAUGUCUCCAUCCUCUUUGUCUGUCAGGAAAUUGUCCUAUCACCCUAUCUUUCGCUUUGUCUCCUUUUCUCUCUCUCUCUGUGUUGUCCACUUGUGUCAGCAGUGCUCUAUUCCAGGACUAGAGGACCAAAGUCCUGCUGCCUUUUGUUCUCACCCCCAUAUACAGGGGCUGAUUCAAACCAGGGAAAUAGUGGCGUUCAUUCGUCCAUUUUUUUUUUUUUUUUAACCAUAGUACUUGGUCGCUAUGAAAAGAAACCAAACCUCAGCAUCACAGGACUGGAUUAAGGCACAUCUUGCUGACUGUUUGUUUUUAUCUUAGACACUCUCCUGUAAUUUUGUCGCUGUGCAUCCUCCCUUUCUUUUUCUUUUUUCUUUUCAUCACUUCUUUUUUCUUCUGUAGCUAGAACUUAACGAGUCUAGGCAGUUCUCGUAAAGGCUUUGUGCUGGCGCUGCUUGUGUUGAUCAUAGUAGACUCUUAAGUUAUCAGGAUUAUUGAAAAAGCAGGGCAAAUUGCUGUGAGCUUAAGUUGUAAAUAGUGAAUAUAUGAGAACAUGCUCAAAAAAAAGUCAUGGUGUUUGUCCAGUCAUGUUCAGCAGCAUGGCUAGACAAAAACUACAGUGAUUAUAGGGUCAUUCAUUGCAAUUGUACAUUGUGUGCUCCAAGGAUGUGUGUGUGUGUGUAUAUAUAUAUAUAUGUAUUUCCACAUUGUGAGUA